AUGAAUUCAAAGUUUCUUAUAAUUGGUGCGCUGCUUGGAAUUUGUCUUGCUUUUGGAGUUGGCAUCAUCAUUGGUCACUUUGCCAUUCGUAAAACAAACACUUCCAUAUCGUCCAAGUAUGCGCAUCUUACAAGACAAGCUGACCCACACAAUUAUCAAACAUUCAUUAGUUCUGUUCGAGCAGAGAAUAUUGAAACAGAUCUAAGAGAUCUCACUUCACGUCCUCAUAUCGCUGGACUACCAGAAGAUCUAGAGAGUGCUCAAGUGAUCGAAGAACGGUGGAAACGUGAUGGUUUACAAGUAACCAAACCAAGAUACAACGUUCUUCUUUCUUAUCCCGACGACAAUAGACCUAAUCGAGUUACUCUUAGGAGUGCAGAUGGAACAAUCACUAUUGAAACAGAAGGAGUCGAACACGUCUAUGAUCCCAAUCAAAUACAAACAGUGAAGCCAUUUCUUGCCUAUACACCGAAUGGAACGGUUUCUAGUACGAAACUAUUCUAUGCUAAUUAUGGCCAAAUUGAAGACUUGACACACUUGGCAUCUGUCGUUGGAAAUGCUAGUCUUCAAGGUAGUAUUAUCAUUAUGAGAUAUGGUCGUAUUUUCAGAGGCGAUAAAGUGAUGCAUGCUCAAUACUUUGGAGCUGCAGGUGCUAUAUUAUACAAUGAUCCGGCUGAUUAUGCUCCAUUCGGUACUACACCAGAUCAAGUCUAUGAUCAAAAAUGGUAUAUGCCGCCAAGCGGUACACAAAGAGGAUCAGCAUUUGGUGGAAACGGUGACCCUUUGACACCCAUAUAUCCAUCCACCGAUUUCAUGGGUAGAUUGGAAGAGAAGGCUGCUCCAUUUCUACCGAGAAUUCCUGCUCAACCGAUUGGUUAUGGUGAAGCACAAGUUAUUCUAAAAUAUCUAGGGGGUAAUGAAGUGCCUGCAGACUGGCGUGGAAUUUUAUCGAAUGUAGCGUAUCGAUAUGGUGGAGAACUGCUUAAUUCAUCUUCAAUUGAAGUAAAAUCAUUCAAUCGCCUCGAAAGAAGAGAUACUUACAAUGUAAUUGGAAUCAUGAAAGGAGAAAUUGAGCCAGAUCGAUACAUUGUUUUCGGGAACCAUCGAGAUGCUUGGAGUUUGGGUUCUGUCGAUCCGACAAGUGGAACUGCUGCUAUGCUUGAAAUAACACGAGUACUUGGUGAAAUGGCAAAAAAUGGAUUUCGUCCACGACGUACUUUGAUGUUCUGUUCAUGGGGUGCGGAAGAAUACGGACUGAUCGGAUCAAUUGAAUAUGUUGAGGAAUAUGUUAAAGUAUUCGGCGCUCGUAUUAUUUCAUAUCUGAACGUCGACAUUGCUGUACAAGGAAAUCAUACGGUUCAAAUCAAAACGUCUCCAAUGCUUUUUGAUAUUAUUGUAGAAGCAUCCAAAUUGGUUCCGAGUGCAUAUGAUCCUGUGGGGAAAACUGUCUAUGAUAAAUGGGUAGAUUUUCAGUGGAAUAAUGUAACGAAUGAGCCAAAAAUAGCAUAUGGUCUUGGAUCAGGUAGCGAUUUCUUUGGUUUCGAUCAAUUGGUUGGUUCAUCGAACAUAGACGCAACAUAUAUGUUUGACCAUACUUAUUAUAAAAGUCUGAGUUCCUAUCCUCUCUAUCAUACAUCCUAUGAAGUCUUUGCAAUGAUGAAAAAUUUUAUCGAUCCAAACUUUACGGCUCAUCGAACCAUGGGACAGCUGAUGGGUGUUGUAGCAUUAUUUCUAUCUGAGACACCUGUUUUACAAUUCAAUGUUUCGCGAUAUACAAUAGCGCUUCGAGAAGCUAUGAACAACCUAAAACCAAAUAAUCCUGGAGCUCUCGAUCCACUUCGACAAGCUAUCAACGACUUCGGUGCGACUGCAAACGAUUUUAUGAGAAGAUCCAAAUUAAUCGAUUUUGAAAACCCGUUCAAUAUUCGAGCAUAUAAUGAUCAAUUAUUACAACUUGAACGUGCGUUUCUGAAUCCGUUGGGACAAGGUGGUGAUUAUACUGAUUUUAAGCAUAUUGUGUUUGCACCAGCAAAAGGUAAUAAAUAUGCAGCAUCUGGUUUUCCUUCUGUGAGUGAUGCUGUUGCUAAUGGUGACUCAACAGAAAUCGAUACUGAAGUAGCAAUAGCAACGUAUUUUGUGCGUGGUGCUCUUUCGACAUUGAAGGAGUUUGAUAAUUUUUUUUCUUAA